AUGGGUGUACCAAAAUUUUAUCGUUGGAUAUCAGAAAGAUAUCCAAAUAUAAGCCGAGUGAUUAAUGAUAAUCAGAUACCUGAUUUUGAUAAUUUUUAUUUGGAUAUGAAUGGAAUAAUUCAUGCAUGUUCACAUAUAAAUGAAGAUAAUUGUGAAACAAAUGUAACAGAAGAAGAAAUUUUUCGAAAUAUUUUUCAUUAUAUUGAUUUUUUAUUUCGAAUGAUAAAACCAAAAAAAGUAUUUUUUAUGGCUGUUGAUGGUGUUGCACCACGAGCAAAAAUGAAUCAACAACGUGCAAGACGUUUUCGUGCUGGUAAAGAACGAAUGAAAAAAUUAGAAUCAAUUGCAAAAGAAUCUGGUCAAACAUUAGAAGAAACAGUUACUAAACAUUUUGAUACAAAUUCUAUUACACCUGGUACACCAUUCAUGGCUCAACUUGAUAUGCAAUUAAAAUAUUUUAUACAUAUAAAACUUACUACAGAUCCAUUAUGGGAAAAUGUAGAUGUUCAUCUAUCUGGUCAUUUGACACCGGGUGAAGGUGAACAUAAAAUUAUGGAAUAUAUUCGAUAUACACGUUCACAACCAGGAUAUGAUAUCAAUACAAGACAUUGUUUAUAUGGACUUGAUGCAGAUUUGAUUAUGCUUGGUUUAGUCACACAUGAAAUGCAUUUUGCACUUUUACGUGAAGAAGUUAAGUAUGGUUCAAAGAAAGUAUCAAAAAUUCCUGCGCCUGAAGAAAUCACUUGGCAAAUACUUCAUACAUCUUUACUACGUGAUUAUAUCGAUCUGGAAUUUCGUUCGAUAAGAGAUAAAAUAAAAUUUUCAUAUGAUCUUGAAAGUAUUGUUGAUGAUUGGAUACUUAUGGGUUAUUUAGUUGGGAAUGAUUUUAUUCCACAUUUGCCACAUUUUCAUAUUAAUGAAGAAGCUUUAUCAAUUCUAUGGGAUACAUAUAAAAAAGUUUUACCAACUUUAGAUGGUUAUAUGAAUGAAUUUGGUGAUUUAAAUUUAGCACGUUUUGAAAUUUAUCUAACCGAAUUAGCUAAAUUCGAUCAUGAACGAUAUGCUUAUGAAAAUGAUACAUUUAAACAUUUAGAUAAAUUAACUGGACGUAACAAAAAUUUAUCGAAAAAUAAAUCUGAAGUUAAUAAAGAUGACGAUAAUGAUGAUGGUGUUGGUUUUAAUUUUGCAUUAUUAGACAAAUUAACGACUCAAACACCAACAACAAUUCAAAAGCAAGAUUCUAAUAAUGAUAAUCUUGAUCAAAUUGUUUCUAAUGAUUCAAAACCAAUUGAUUUAUCUUCAUCUUCAUCAUCAUUAUCAGAUGACGAUGAUCUGUCAUCAGAUUCUGAUACACUUAGUGAGAAAUCAAAUGAUAAUGAGAAAUCUUCUUCAACAAUCUCUGAAAUAACAAAUGAUGACGAUCUUGAUAAUAUGCCAUUAAUUGAAGCUGAAUUUCGUCAACAUAAAAAUCAUUAUUAUCGAAAUAAAAUGAAAAUUAAUUUAACAUCAUGUGAUCAACUUAAAGUGUAUGUUGAACAAUAUAUCGUAGCAUUACAAUGGAUAUUAAAAUAUUAUUAUCAAGGUUGUCCAUCAUGGUCAUGGUUUUAUGCAGAUCAUUAUGCACCAUAUUUAUCUGAUUUAAAAAAUUUCAAGGAUUUUAAAAUUAUAUUUGAAUUAGGAACACCAUUUAAACCAUUUGAACAACUUUUAAGUGUUCUUCCGCCAACAAGUUGUUCCCUUUUACCAAUUUCAUUACAACCAUUAAUGACCAAUCCUAACAGUCCAAUAUCAUAUUUUUAUCCUGAAGAUUUUGAAUUAGAUCAAAAUGAAAAAAAACGAGAUUGGGAAGCAAUUGUAUUACUUCCAUUUAUUGAUGAACAACUUCUUUUAAGUACGAUAACAAAAUAUUAUGAUCAACUUAAUAAAAAUGAACAAAUACUUAAUCAACAUUUACCAUCAUUAUGUUUUAAAACAACAUCGAAAUUAAAUCCAAUAGAAAAUUCAUUAGGAACAAAUCCAUAUUUUCCAGAAUUAAAAGAAACUCGAGCAAUAUGUCAAGAAUUUUCCAUUGACUAUUAUCGUCUUGAUAAACCUCAUAUUAAACAUGGUCGUUUUGAACAAAAAGAUAUGGUUAUUUUUCCUAAAUUUCCUGUUUUAAAUAUUUUACCAUAUAAAUAUGAUUAUAAAAAUGAUGCUGUUAGUAUAUUUGAGUCACGUUCAAAAGGUGCAACACUUGUAUUAAGUUUAACACAUAAAUCUAAUUCAGAUUGCAUAACAUACAAUAAUGAAUGGAAUCCAAAAGAUGAAAAUCCUUCUCCAUCAUUUCAAAUAACGAACUAUAAAUUAUUAAUUGAACGUUAUUUAGGUAAAUGUGUUUUUGUUAAUUGGCCACAUUUUCAUAUUGGUAUUGUUUGUGCUAUUACUGAUUUUCAACAUUUAUAUACAUGGACAAAUAUUCCUGGUGGUUCAAAUUUUGAUUUUGGACUAAUAAAUAAUGAAGAAAAUCGAGAUCUUAAAAAUUAUACUCAAAUACCAAUUUAUGUAUCUGAUUUUCCAUUUGAAUUACCAAAUGAUAAUCAUAGAAGAGCUUCUUAUCAAAUGUAUCAAUUAAAUAAUACUGAAAGACAAAUGGAAUAUAAAAAAGCACUUAAUAUUAAUCGAAUAUAUGAAAAUCGACGAGGUAUUUCAAUUGGACCUAUACCAAUUUUACUUUAUGUAAGUCCAUUAAUUGGUUAUCGAACAAACUGUUCGUCAACAUCAGAUAAAUGUCGAACAAUAAUGUGUUUUUCAAAUCAAGCAUCAGCUUUUCCAUUGCAAACAACAAUUUUUAAAUUACCAAAUUAUAAAGAUGAUGUUGAUCAAUUUCCAAAAAAAAUACAUGAUUGUUUUAAAACAAAUGAUCCUAUAUUUGCACUUCAAACACCAUAUUAUUCAUCGAGAGGUUAUGUGCAUCAAAUAAAUACAGAUCAUUAUGGAAAUUUUUUUAUUUCAUGUGAAAUGAAAUCAUCUGAUGUAAUUGAUCAUCCUAAUAUUUAUCAAUCAAAAUCUAAAUUUCUGGCACAUGAAUUAAAAUAUUUUACAGCACAACAAAUAGCUAAUCAAUUAAAUAUAUUACCAUGCAUUAUAUCAAAAAUAACUGGAAGAAUUAAUGUUAUUGCUGGCAAUAAAGGACGUCGAAGAGCUAAUCCAACUAAUAUUGGACUUUCAUGGAAGAAUAAUAAACCUGUUAAACAACUUCAUGGUUAUACAAAGAAAAUCGACGAAGUAUGGUAUUAUUCGAAUGAAGCAAUACGUAUCAUAUCUGAAUACAUGUCUAAAUUUCCUGAUAUUAUUACAGAAUUAGCACGAAAACCAAACAAGGAUAAUUAUUCAGAAUCGAAUAUUUGGCCAGGAAAAAACGGUAAGCAUGAAUUACAACAAGUUCGUAUAUGGAUUAAAAGUUUACCAACAUAUUCUAUGUCAUUGACGGAUGCUGCUUGGGAAAUACUUGAUACACCUGUUGUUAAUGAAAUAGAAAAAUUUGUCAACUCAUUUAAUGAAAAACGUGCAGCAAAACAUCCAGUUGAAAAAACAAAACUAGCAUCUUUUGAGCCACAUUCUUUAUUUAAAGCAAACGAAUUAUUUGGUAUGUGUGAUCCAGAUAUCACAACAACUUUUUAUCUAUUUGAUCGCGUUGUUAAUGUUCGUCCUGGUACGGGAGUACCUAUUGGUACACGUGGCACUGUUAUUGGUAUUAUGCAUGGUCGAACACAUUUAGAUACAUAUUAUGAAAUAUUAUUUGAUAAUUUAUCUUCACAUAGUCUUGAUGCUAUAUUACUUGGUAAGAAUCAACAAAAAUGUCGUAUUAAAGUUCGUUCAUAUCAUUUACUUAAUUAUUCUCAUUCACUUCGAUUUCGUUCAAUAAAUUAUCAACAUCAACAAUCUGUACCUUCGGGUAAUAUAGGAGAACGACGUCCAUAUAGACAGAUACCAACAAUUCGACAACAAGAGCCAACGAAUAAUAUAAAAAAAGGUUCAGGUAAUGAGAAUACAAAACCAAAAUCAGCACCACCAUUAUCCACACAUGAUAGACCAAAUUUUGUUCAAGUCAAAGAACAGAAAUCAACUACACAUGAUCCAACAUCUUCGGUAUCAUCAACAGAACAACCAAGACAAUCUUCUAGUUCAAUAGAAAAUCCUUCUUCAAUAUCAUCGUUGGUCGAAAAUUCACCCGAUCAAAAACCAAAACUUAUACCGAUGAAUGUUACUGUUCCAACGGAAACACUUGUGACACCUUUUUCUUCAAAUUCAACACCAGAUUCUUUAUUAUUUCAUGCGAUUCAAGAUUCCGAUCAAUUACAAAGUUCUUUUCAACCAUCAUUUGAAACUAUUCCCUCAAACCCAUUGCAAACUUCGGAUCCACAAAUACCUACUCAACAAAUAUGGGGAGCUAUGCCAUCUCAAUACUUUCAAGGGCCAUUUAUGAAUGAACCUAUUGGAAAUAUGCCACAAACAUCAAUGUAUCCAUUUGAACAGCAAUCGCCAAUAUAUAUGCUUCCACAAUUUCAACAACCGUUAUCUUACCCGUACUUUCAACCUGGUAUGGAACAAUUCAAUCAAAUGUAUGGUGCUUCGAUGGCUCCUGAUCAAUUCAAUCAGAGAGCACCUUUUCCAUCAUAUGAUUUGCAUCCUCAAGGCGCAUAUGUUAAUUAUCCCUCUGGACCUAUGGUCACUCCUAUGCCUUUUAAUUAUGGACAACAACAACAACAACAAUUACCUAUGCAAAUGCAAAAUCUGACCAUGGGUCCAGGUCAAUUACCACCAAAUUCUCAUAUGUCAUAUCAAUCUCCAACAAUGCAGUUUCAGCAACAUACUUCAACUGGUUCGACAAAUAAUGCUACUCUUCAAUUUAUUCCAUCGCAGGUGCUACGUAAGAUACCUAAAAAUCACAAGUAA